CGUUAUCGUAUCCAAGCCCGAGGUCGAAGGGGGCAACAUCCACCAAUUCUUUUGCAUUCGUCUUUCGUUUUUCUCUUUGAUUGAAACUUUAUCAUCUGUUCGCAAGUCGAACACAACCAUAAUGUCUGGAAAAGACUCCGAUAAGAACGACUCCCGAGGUCCACCACCACGCGGCCUUCCCGCAAGAGAGAAGCUGCCAGCCUCGUUCCAGAAGAUCAUAGACAAAUCCGAUAGCGAGGACAAUUUCUACGACGAGCUGUAUGAUGGAACUGCCCCUCAAUCAACAGAAAGCAAUAUUCGAUAUGCUGCAUACGUAACCCGUAUUCGAACAGCACUUCUCUCUGCCCAAAGAUACGUGGCCUAUACCUCAGACAUUGGAGAAUCUUUCCGUCCAGUGGCACAUCCGAAUCUCGUCCGAACAGCAUAUGGAAUCUCCUGGGCGUAUAUUCUAGGGGAUGUAGCGCAUGAGGGAUACAAAGCAUACUGCAGCAACCAAAGGAUAUUGCACCCAUAUCUUCCUCGAGAAGCUGUGACGGAGAGAUACAACGAUGCGCAAACGGAUUUGAAAGCUGUGGCGGCAGACGCGGGUGUAUCUUUAGCCCCGGGCAAGGUUACUCCCCUGGAGGAUUACAGAACUGUUAUGGCGCAACGGGCUGUCUUCCAGAGCAUUGCAUCAAUGGGUCUCCCGGCUUUCACUAUCCAUUCGAUUGUGCGCUAUUCUGGGCGAGCGUUGAAGGACUCGAAGAAUUUGCGUAUUCGGACAUAUGGACCUAUUGGUUUAGGUCUAGCAGCUGUUCCAGCAUUACCCUACUUGUUCGACAAGCCUGUGGAGGAAGCAGUAGAAUGGGUGUUCCACAAAGGGUUCGCGAUCGUGGGAGGAAAGGAGGCGGUCGGUAAUGCGCCUGCGACUGGACGCGAGGAAAGCUUGGGAAUGAAGACAGAAAAUGUAGUGAGAGGUGGGGCCACAGACAAGGUCAGGAACAAGGAAAAGGAACUAUAAGGUAGGAUGGUGGGAUCACAGUACAUGUUAGCAUCGGCGUUUGAGGACCA